GACAUGCAUGAGCCUUCAACUUCCUCCACCUUCCUUUUCCUGUGAUUAUUCAACAACCUGCCCGCAGUAUUUUCGAUUUAAAAAGGUUCUACGGCCUUGUGUGAAAAAAAUACACGAUGGCAGUGAGGCUAUUAUCUAAACUGAAGCUUAUCCCAGAGUUGGGAGGCGCCGCAUAUUCGAGCUCGGCCGCAGCACCUGCUACUGUGUCCGACUUCGAUAUCCAGCACAAAACACCAGUUAUUAGGAAACAGUCCCACAUUCCGAAGGCUCACUAUGGAGGAAGACACGCUGUUACCAUGCUCCCAGGCGGCGGCAUCGGUCCGGAAUGCAUGGGUUACGUCAGAGACAUAUUCAAAUACAUUGGAGCCCCUGUAGACUUUGAAGUGGUGGAUAUCGACCCUAAUGUGGACAACGAUGAGGAUGUGCAGUAUGCUAUCACCACCAUCAAGAGGAACGGGGUUGGACUUAAGGGCAACAUCGAGACGAAGAGCGAAGCGGCGUACGUUACGUCACGUAACGUUGCCCUGCGUAAUGAACUAGACAUGUAUGCUUACGUCAUGCACUGCAAGUCAUACCCCGGACUCACCACGAGGCAUAAGGACAUUGAUGUCGCAAUUAUCAGACAAAACACAGAAGGAGAAUACGCCAUGUUGGAGCACGAGUCCGUCGCCGGCGUCAUCGAGUCCAUGAAGGUGGUGACCGCCAGCAACUCCGAGAGGGUGGCCAGGUUCGCCUUCGAGUAUGCCAAGAAGAACGGCCGCAAGAAGGUGACAACGGUCCACAAAGCCAACAUCAUGAAGCUCUCCGACGGGCUGUUCCUGGAGACGUCCCGGCGCCUCGCCAAGGAGUACCCCGAGCUGGAGCACAACGACAUGAUCAUCGACAACUGCUGCAUGCAGCUGGUCGCCAAGCCUCACCAGUUCGACGUGAUGCUGAUGACCAACCUGUACGGCUCCAUCGUGUCCAACGUGGUGUGCGGCCUGCUGGGCGGCGCCGGGCUGUUGUCUGGAAGAAACUACGGGGAACACUACGCGGUGUUCGAGCCCGGCACCAGGAACACUGGCACGGCCAUCGCCGGCAAGAACAUCGCCAACCCCAUCGCCAUGAUCAACGCGUCCGUGGACAUGCUGGAGCACCUCGGCCACCACUUCCACGCCGACCUCAUCCGCGGCGCCGUCACCAAGACCAUCAACGUGGACCGCAUCUUCACGCCCGACGUGGGCGGCUCGGCCUCCAGCACGGACGUCGUCAAGGCGAUCAUAGGUAACAUUGGACAGGGGCUCGGCCAUGGCCAUUAGGCAAGCGGAAGGAAUUUUAUUUUUGUUCCACUUACCUCUGUUACAAUCCCCUCACUUGUAGAAAGGCCCCUUGGGCCCGAGCAAUUUUGAAACUAAAACGAGGCUCGAAAACCGGUUGAAUUUCCAAGCCAUUAUCACGUAUUUUUUUAUUUCAGCUUCGUUCGUAAAACCGUUAUUAUUAAAUCGGUUUUUAGGAGAAAAUUUCCAUAAAGCUCUUAUCGGAACCGGUUUAGAACAAUAAAAACCGGUAUCUUCCUAUGGGGUCUUUAACGCGGCACACCACAAGGUCGGCCGGCGAUCUCGUCGCUCGUCGAAUAAACCGGUUUAUUUAAGUUGCAAUAAAGUUCUUAAAACGUUAGCGUUAUGAAAGUUCAGAGCGAAACCGAAAUAAACCGGUAUAUACCGCUAUUUUUAAAACCGGUUCCAAGUUUUGGGUGAAAUUACUUUCCAAAGCUGAGAGGGAUAUGGAAGACCCUAUACUCUGUAUCUUUAGGUAUUUAAUUAAAAGUAAACAAAAUCUACCCUCAAAUGGCUCCUUAAGCCAGUUGAGGGUAGAUGAAAACGUUACACGAUCAAAUAUAGGUUAAAGUCGGGUGGUUCAGUGACAGAUUAAGGCGGUUUUAAAUUUGGUUGGUUAACUAAUAAAUGUUAUAACUACCCGAAAAUGUACAAAUUGGUUGUUUACUUUUCUUUAAAUACCUAAAGAAACAGAGUAUAGGUAUCUUAUGUUGCGGUGACAAGGUACAAAGUGGCACAGAAAUAAAAAUUAGUUAACCCGUACAUUGUUGGUUGUUAAUAAAGUAUGCCUUAUUGGCAACCGAUUAGUUACCUUAUAUGGAUCGAUCAAGUUUUUCUUUCAUAAGCCAGAAAGUACGUUGACAUGAAACUAACAUGAAAUAUUUAAAAGUUAGUCUGUACCUACAUGGUAGACUAACCACUAAGGGCUGGUUGCACCGAACCGUCUGGCACUAUUAAAUUAUUCGCUAAAAUUUUUUGUAUAAUAAUUUCCAUAUUACUCUGUUGAGCGAUGUUGAUCAGUCUGUUAAGAUGAUUGGUGCAACUGGCCCUAACCAGUUCAAAUUAAUGGCAAAUAAAUUAAAAGAAAAAGUUAAUCGAUGAUUCAAUGAGGUUUAAAACUUAACCCCCUUAUUCAUAAACGUGUACUAAAGCUACGAUACCGCUAAUAAUCGUUUGUCCCUUUCCAUCAUACCAAUACGUCGGAAAGGGACAAACGAUUAUUAGCGGCAUCGUAACUCUAGUAGACGUUUAUGAAUAAGGGGGUAAAUGUUUAUUGUAGAUGGAGAAGCUAUAUCUGUUACCAAGCGCCAAAAUUACAAAAAAAAAGCUAAGUUCAAAGAUGUGACGUUUAUGUUGUGCAAUUUAAUAGUACAUUACGAUACAAGUGCGAAAAAUAGGAAAUUCGAAACGAGUGGCGAUAAAUUAAAAAACGACCGAAGGGAGUGUUUUAAAUCGACACGAGUUCCCCCCCCCUCCCUC